UUAGGCUUGAGAACCGAGGUGCGAGAGGACCUUAUUGUUCUUCAAGGAGUUAUUAUUAUUAAUAACAUUAUAUUUACUUCUGUUGUGUUAUUCUUAAAUAAGAAAGCUGAGAUCUUUCAGCAGAGAGUAGUGUGUAUGUACAGAAAUGGUAAAUUGUGUUGUUCUGUCUAUAAUGCAGCUCUUCUGGUUGUGUGUUAUUGUGUCAGAGUUGUGGGUUGUGUGUGUUUUGAUUUGCAUGUUUCUUUGAAGAUGAGCAGAAGUGUGAAGUUUAGUGAAGCUUCUUCUUUCUUCUCUUCUCUCUGCCGUUGAUCUCUGAUGUUCUGGCGUCAUGAUUUACUUUCUGCUGAGCUGCUCUGUCAUUGCAUUGAUGGUUAUCACAGCUGAAGGACAGAUCCAGGUGUUUCAGAAACCACGUUUCUAUGGUGUUAAAACCGGUCGGACCGUGAUGAUUUAUUGUGUGGCAUCAGAUCCAUCUCUGCCUGCUCGAGUGGAAUGGCUGAAAGCUGACAAUUACCUAGAUACACAAAAAACACUGAAACCAAAUGAGAGGACCGUUAUGAUGGAGAAGACGUCCAAGAGAAACGCCUCCAUUACCAUAAAGAAAGUAGUUAUUGAUGACAGCGGCGUUUACUUCUGUAAGCUGAACGAGACGCAGGGACCAGGGACUGAACUGCGGGUGUCCAGACACGGUGAUCCCCAAGCUGUCAUGAACAGAUCUCGAGUUAAAGAUGUUAUCAUCUUUCUUCAGGGCUUUCUGCUGGUUUUGUGCAUCGUUGUUCCUCUGGUCCAAUUUUUCAAACUGGAGAAGAAAGAAGAUGCAGAUUAUGAAGAACCUAAGGACGAUCACACAUAUGAAGGUUUGGAAAUUGAACAUUGUGGUGAUGUGUAUGAGGAAAUCAAUGCUGUGGCGGCUCAAGAUGCAGAUGCAGAUGCAGAUGCAGUCUGGGAAGUUGAGUCUCCAGACCAAGAGUGAGAAACAGAAUUUAUUGAUCCACAACCGCCAGCACCUAUAGGACUUUUUAUUAUUUUUACACAAGCCCAAUUCUUAUACAUUUAUAUGCUAAUACAUGCAAUGCAUUCAACUCUUUUUUGUAUAGGAAAUGUUUUUACUGUUUUAUUCUUUGUGUACUGUAUGAUGAUUUGUGUCUGUUAAUGUGUCAUUAUGAAUGGUGCUCUUUGCUUAAAUCACUAUAGAGGAUUAUAGAGUUUGUGUGUGUUUAAAAUCUCUACUUUCAUGUUACAUAACUGUUAAAAUAAAGAGAAUCAUAGACUCAGAUGUUCAUCAUAUAAAUCCAGUUAUUAGCACUGAUAAUAAUGAAUCUGUUUUGCAUGUUUGUGCCGAUGAUCUCUGUUUAUCUGAGUGAACCAGAAACAGUGAAGAGUUGAAACUUUACCUCGUAAAUACAAUUGCAAUAAAUAUUCCUAGAUUAGAAGAUGUAAACGUACAAAGUGAUAAAUAUAAAGAGCAAAUAGGCAUAAAGUGAAGUAAAAUGAAAGAGCGCCAUCUAAUGACUAUUUAGACAAAGCGACAGUGGUGAUCAUAAUCACCUCUUUAAAUUUCCUAAAGAAAUCUCAACAGAAGACAUUAAAAAAUGUAAA